UACCCUUAAAAUCUAACAUAACAAUUUAAUUUAUUUCUAUGCCCGGUCAAUAUAAAAUUUAAAAGCUUUAGCAAUAGCAACUUUCCUGACCACAAAAUCAUAAGGCUAGAAUCAAUUUUGAUACAGCUUGGGAUGAGUUAUUACUCUGAUACAGCUUGGGAAACACCUUCUUAAUUGAUGAAUGUGAUGCUGAUUAUAAAGGGUUGUACUACUAUGUGGACGAGGAGAAUGUAACAUUCACUAUCUACUAUAUUUAAUCCAUUAGUUACACUGACAAUGACACAAGAUGGAAAAAGCUACCAUGAAAAUUCUUGACUCUGAAACUGUCUUGAGUGGAGGGAAGCUUAACCGAUGUGUCGUUCUACCAGUUAAUGUUCCUAUAGUUGCCGAUUCCUUAAAGCGGAAAAACCAAAACUGGAUUGCCAGGGCUAAUUCUGCUAAUGAUUUAAUCAUAAAGGUUGGCGAUUCUAGCUUUCACUUGCAUAAGCUUGCCAUGGUCUCAAGAAGUGAAUAUUUGAACAGACUAGUCUUUCAGAGAAGAAGUAACAACAAAGAACCGAAUAAUAUUGAUACUAUUCAAAUAGACAGUCUUCCAGGUGGUAGAAAAACAUUCGAGUUAAUUGUCAAAUUCUGUUACGGUUGGAAAUUCGACAUGACACCGUCCAACAUAGCUUCGUUAUAUUGUGCUGCAAAUUUCUUAGAAAUGAGUGAAGAUAUUGAAAGCGAAAAUCUCAUUUCCAAAACAGAAUCAUUUUUCAGUUUUCUAAUUUUAACUUCAUGGAAAGACACAUUUCGUGUACUCAAAAGCUGUGAAUCAAUUUCACAUUUGGCUAAAGAGUUACAAUUAGUGAAACGUUGUUCAGAAGCAAUAGCUUGGAAAGCAUGUGCUGUUCCAAAACUUGAAACGAGAGUCAAUGCUCGGUGGUUUGAAGAUGUAUCACUUCUACGUAUAGAUCAUUUUAUUGAAUUGAUUCAAUCUAUCAAAAAACGUGGAAUGAGAUCAGAGAUUAUAGGUUCUUGUAUAGAAUUUUGGACUUUAAAGUGGUUCUCUAAAGUCACACUUGGACUUGAUCCUAAUGCGAGACAUGAACACGUGACGAUUCAGUUACAUAAAGUUUCAACUGAGUGUUUGAUUAAAAUACUUCCUACUGAAGAAAAUUCUGUCUCUUGCAAUUUUUUGCUUCACAUGAUAAAGGCAGGGAUGGUGUUGAAAAUCAAUCAUGAGUUGAUGUGUGUGCUACAAAGAAGAGUGGUUUUGAUGUUGGAGCAGUGUUGUGCUCAAGAUCUUUUGGUUAAAAAUUAUGGAGAUGAAGAUUCUUUGUAUGAUGUUGAUGUUAUUGUUAAAGUGUUAAAAUCUUAUGUUUGUGGGAUGUUAAGUAAUUCUGCAGCAAAAGUUCGCACUGUUGGAAGGUUGGUGGAUGGUUAUCUGUCACAAGUUGCAAGGGAUCAGAAGCUCAAAGUUGAAUGUUUCAAAUUGCUUAUUGAAGCCUUGCCACAAAAUGCUAGAGAAUGUGAUGACAAUCUCUAUAGAGCUAUUGACAUGUACCUUAAGGCGCAUCCAUAUUUGACAGAAGAGGAUAGAGAACAUGUGUGUAGUGUAUUGGAAUACCAUAGGUUGUCACAAGAAGCGCGUCAACAUGUGAUGAAGAAUGACAGGCUUCCCAUGAAACUAUCAACACAAUUUGUCCUUCUAGAGCAAGUGAACAUGUCGUGGACAAUGGCGAGUAAUGGAUUUAAUUACCAAAGGAAAACUCAGACAAACAUCAGGGUAAGCAAAGAUUUUGAAAAAAGACAGAUGAGUCGAGAGAUAAAAGUGAUGAGAAAAGAUGUUGAAAUGAUGAAGUUGCAACUCUUGGAUCUAAACACUUGCAAAAUGAAGCUCCAAAAGCAAAUGAAGAUAUGCACCAGUUGAAGAAGAGAUAGAAUAUUAUGUACAAACAGUUUAGCUCAACAUGAGGAUUUUUCUUUAUUCUCUGGUAGCCUACAUUAUUGUGCCUCAUACGAAAUUUGACCACUAUAUUUAUCAGCUUCAUGUUGAAACCGGUUAGUUCAAAAUGAAAACCAGCAUAGCUUGCCCUUA